CGUAGCUCCCACAACAGCGCCAUCCCUGUGAAGUGUGUUUUUUGGAGGAAGGAAGGCCCCCUCAUGGAAAAGUGUUUGGCCAGGAAAGGGUUAAGGAGUUUCUAGGGUCCAGAUCGAUGCCCCCUCUUCCCCCACACGUCGCCAUGAACAAAUGAAUUCGCGGGGAAUUAAAUACCAGUUUCACAAAGGAGAAAGAGUCCUGUGCUUUGAACCCGACCCCACCAAGGCUAAAGUGUUGUAUGACGCUAAGGUCCUUGAUGUCUUGAUAGGAACAGAUGAACAUGGAAGAAGAAUCCCAAAGUACCUGAUUCAUUUCAACGGUUGGAACAGGAGCUGGGAUCGUUGGGCUGCAGAAGAUCAUGUCCUAAGGGACACUGAAGAAAACCGUAGAUUGCAACAUAAACUGGCUCGCAAAGCUCUAGGUCGCAUGAAGAAAAAAGGAUGGGCAAAGCGUCGCCGUCGUCAGUCUGGUACUAAAUCUUCUCUGAAGACUCUCCCAAAGGAGGACGACAGCGAUGACGCAUGUUUGAUAUCAUCUUCAGAUAGUAGUGACGGGGACGAUUCUGACCCUGAAUCUUCAAACAGUGGGGAAAGCACCUUCUCUGAGGACAUCAACAAAAUGAGGGUUGAGCCAGACAUCAACGUGAAAAGGGAAACUGAGGAGAAGAUUGUCCAUGUUGACAUCAGCAUCCCUGAUGUCCUGAAGAAGAAACUGGAGGAUGACUGCUUUUACAUCAACAAGAGGAAAAAGCUGGUGAUGGUUCCUUGUCAGACGAACGUCGUGCACAUACUUGAAUCCUAUGUGAAGCACUUUGCCAUCAACAAAGCUUUCAUGGCGAAUGAGAGGUACAGACGUCAGCAGACCACCACACAGAGCAGCAGCCCUCAGCCCAUCCCUCCUGAGAAGAGCGAGGAGUUGUGUAAGGAGAUGGUCGACGGCCUGAGGAUCACCUUCGACUUCACCUUACCCAUGAUCCUCCUCUACCCCUGCGAGCAAGCUCAGUUCAAAAAGGUCAGCUCCUCCAGGCUUUUCCUGGCCAUCAACGAAAGCUCCCCCUGCUCCAGCAGCGCUCAGAGAGAGCGCAGCCCAAGCCCGCUGGGACACAACCCCCCCACGCCACAAUCCACAGACAGCCAACCAGCGCUGAGCGACAUUUCUACAACCACGCCCACCGCUCCAGCUCCAACCCCAAAGCGCCGGCGUCACCCUGACAUGGACUGUAUCUCAUUCCAGUCGCAGUCGCUGAGGCGAUCCACCAGGAACACUUCUGGAGGCGACCGCCCAGCUGAAGGGAGCAGUGGAGGUGGAGGCAGUGCAACAGCUUCCCCGCAGCUCAAACGCCGUUUAGUCGACACUUCAUCGCAGCCCAAGUUCUUUCUCAACCUUGACAGAAAAACUCCGGUGCACAGCGGUUCAUCCUCUCCACUGCCCUUGACGCCGAGCAAAGAGCGAAGCGGGCCUUUCUAUGGCCUGGAGAGUCGGAGGAACAACGAGCUGAACGAGGUGUUAAGUUGGAAGCUGACUCCAGAUAACUACCCUCUGCAUGACCAGCCUCCUCCACCUUCCUACCUGUACGGAGCACAGCACCUGCUGCGGCUCUUUGUCAAACUCCCCGAGAUCCUGGGAAAGAUGCAGAUCCCUGAGAGGAAUCUCCGAGCCCUGGUCAAGCAUUUGGAGCUCUUUCUCAGGUUUCUGGCCGAGUUCCACGAGGAUUUUUUCCCUGAGUCUGCAUAUGUGUCAGCAUCAGAGGCCCACUACAGCAUGAAACAACCCCGGCCGAUUUAUUGACGGAGACGUCGGCCAUUGUGUUUCCUUCUUUGAACUAUUUCUCAGCCUGUCUAGACGUACUUGCUCUUGUAUGCAAAGGGGCGAUAGCAGAACCUCCUAAGGACCGGCUGCUUUCUUUUCCUGGACCAACUUUUCUUCUCUCCUUCAGUUUUCCUGCUGAUGCCGUAUGGAACCUGUUGCUUCUAACAUGCUACUAACCCUCAUUCAUGCUCUUAGCGUGAGACUCUUGUGCAUGUUAAGCUACGCAGCGUUGUUUGCUUUACUGCUACUGAAGGCGAUUUGUUGCUCCUUUUGUUGGCUCCAUGUAAUUCCUGGGAGACAUCUUCUGCAGAAUGCCUCUUUUUCUUUACCUGGCCAAACUAAGGCAGGAAACUCAGACCUUUAUUGCCAUAGUUUUUGAAAAUUGUGGCUAACAGACUCAGACUCUUGUCUGUUCUCUGUUCUGCUUGGCUGCUUCUCAGCUUCGCCCCUUUUUUUGUUGAGUUUUUCCCCAUCUUCCAUACUCUAGUCCUCAAAAAUACUGCCAUAGCUGCUCCUCCAUCCUGAAGAUGCUUGGCUGACAAACUCUCAUCUACUCUCUCUUUCUUUUAAUAACGUUUUUCCCAGUGUUAGUCUUGUAUUUAAUGCUAACAUUACUCCAUGUCGAUGAAGAUUUCUCCUCUUUCUCUCUGUCUUUUUUGUUAUAUUUCCAUGUGCAUGUCACUCGCUGUGUGAACCCUCAAACAUAUCAAGAUUACUGUUAAAACACAAAAGUAUGGGCUCUUACAAACAGAUUCCAGACAUUUUUAUGGACUCUGUUUUUGACUUGAAAACAAGGAUGAAGAGUAAUCUAAAUCUGUAUUCAUCUCUAUAUGGAUGAAUAAAAAAUAUUAACAGGAAACAGACCUUUGAAAUCCAUGUAAAACCGACAAUCACCUGAAGGAGUCAAAAACCGUGCCCGUUAGUGAGUAAAACAAGCAUCUAAAGACAUUUUCUAAUAAAUCAGAUGAACAGAUGUCUGAAACUACAGAAGCCCUGAGCAGACAUGAACUCAUGCAUUUUAUUUACACAACUGUCCCUGGAAAAUAUGUAACUUCCAGUUGAUUUUGUCAAGGUCUUGACUUACAGAGUUGGAAACACAAAAAAAAAAUCCAGAAAAUUGUAGAAAAAACUUCAAGUUACCACGACAAUGGAAACAUGGCAACUUUAGGUCACGCAGACUGUCUUUUAUUUGCAGCAUAGUGAAUAGAUCAAAAUAGCUGUUCCUUUGACAUUAUUUUUGGGGCUUGUUUCCUUUAUUUGGAAAGGUAAUAUGGGAAAAGAUUGCGGGAAACGUGUGGGGUUUGACUUUUGGCCACACUGAUUCAAACCAAGCUGUGAUGAUUUACCUUUCCAUCAUAAGUUCAGCCCUGCAGGGCUGAGCCGGGCCCAGAAUAGUCCUGCCCACACAAUGGUUUGUCAUCAUUCGGGCCACCUUGCAGGCCUGUUUAAGUACCAACCGCAGCACCAAAUUUUAAAUGCAUGCCUGAUUACUGAAAGAAAAAGAGGAGGAAACUUUGAAAGUAAAAACAAAGGCCAACUCUUCUUCUUGUGCUGGAAUAAAACAAUGCUUCCUCACCUCUAGACAGGCAGCUCAGUUAUGGUGGAGUAGCAAAACCUCUGACCCCUGAACUGCUGUGCCGAGUACAACCAAGUAGAGCCAAGCCGCUCAAUGUUAUGGAAAAGCCCCAAUACACUAAACCAGUGGUUCCCAACCUGUGUUAAUUUUUUCGACUAAAACUAAGACUAAAAAUGUUCGUCUACAGCCUUUUUCCAUGAGAAACACUAGACUUAAACUAGCCAAAAGUAGAUCUGUGAUGACUAAAACGGACUAAAAAUAAGUUUAGUUUCCGUCAAGUCGACUAAAACUAGACUAAAAUGUAAUCUAUCUAAUCUUUUGUCAGACAUUCAUUCGUGACAUUUCUCCACUGUGGGUAAAUCUGUCAAAAUACACCACAUCUGUAGCUACUCUGUCAGCUGUAGAAAGCAGGGACCCCAGGUUAGGCAGGGUGCAUCGAACACACCACCAUGACCUGGUACCAGAUUCAGGCAAGAGAAUAAAUGCUUGGACUAAAGGUUAAGACUAAAAUGUGAGGACUUUUUAUGGACUAAAACUAGGCUAAGACUAUAAAGGGUAGAAAUGACUAAAAUGUGAGUAAAACUAAAGACUAAGACAGGGACUGAAAUAAAAGUAGCUGUGGGAAUUAACAUUGUUCCCAACCUGGGGUCUGGGCACAAUUCUAUAAUUUGGUUUCCAUACAUUUACAACUUUCGAAGUAAAAAUAAAUAAAUUUUUUUGUCAUAAAUUAACGUCUUUUUAAACUUGAACAUUUUGAGUUUGUUCUUCUCUUUAGAGUUGCUCUCUAUACACUGUUGUAGUACUGGAUAGUUUAUACAUGGGUCUUUUGUCAAGAACAAGUACAUGUAGGAUAUGUCAAUGAAAACAAUAAAAAUCAAUGUUUAAUUUUUCCAAGUUGGUCAUGGGGAGGGGCUUAGCUUUUCUUAGAUAUAAGUAAGGGGGCCCUGAGGAAAAAAAGGUUGGAACCACUGAUCUUAACAGUGCCAAGACUAGGAAUCAAUCCCUUACCCAGUGUGCUGAGGGCUAUAGCCUCUGUACAUCCUGUCUGCUCUACCACUAGGCCGGAAAAUUGCCUUUUAUCCCACGAUAGCAAGAAAAAUAAGUGUGAAUCUCAAGAGAGGAACUGAAAUCAACAUGUUGUCACAGAAAAAUGUGCACUGGCAUGUUGACAUAACAGGAAGUCAAGGAAAUGGAGAAAUGUAAUGCAUGUCUGCUCACAGCUUCUGUAGGUCAAAGUGUAAAAGAAUGUUAUGAACAUUACAUUAAAGACAUGUUUUGAUCUGUAUGUUCACGUUUUUGUUAAACUGGUUCUAAAAGACUUGAAGGCUAUGUCAAACUACAAAUACUCAUUAAAUAGAUGUCUACUGUGAAUACAGCAUCGUUGACAGAGAAUUGCUAUAUUUUAACACCUGUAUAUUAAAAAUGCUGUAUAAUGUUUCUAAUGUUGUGUACAGAGAGAGGUAGGACUGUUGUAGCCUGUUAGCAUUUGUACAGUGUUUAUGUUCUAUAAUUUUGUUUUUGACUUCAAAUAAAGACUUUUUUUUUUAGCUAA